AAAGGUGAAGAGAGAAUCCCCCUUUUCUCUCGUGAUAAGUUAGAACAAAUCCGUGAAAGCACUUCAACUCCCAUUAAAGAAUUCUGCUGAGGAUGAGAACAAAAAAGAUGGCGUUGCUCCUACUCCUCAUCAUGCUCUCCAUUCAUCUUCAUGCAUCCUCGCAAAAUCUCCUUGUUUCAGCCUUGGAUCAACAAGAAGAUCAAAAUGUCGGAGACAGAAGAUCUCAAGGCCUGGACGUCAAUACGUCGAUGAAAGUUGCCAGUGUUGGAGUGACGGUAGUUGAUAAGCGUGGAGGUGGUGGCGGUGGUGGUGGCGGGCAUGGCGGUGGUGGUCAUGGUGGUGGUGGUCAUGGUGGCAGCAGUGCCAGAUCAGCUGGAGGAUCAGAUGGUGAUACUACGGGCAAGGGUUCAAACCGCGGUUAUGCAGCAGUAGUCCCCUUGUUUGCGGCAGGUGCAGGUGCACACCACGUAAAUAACCGCCCUGCCCACCACGGCAAGAAUGUUGGCACAACCACCUAUAUCGGUCUGCCUUUCUUGGCGUCUGGUGUCUUGAUCUCACUUUUUGUUGCGCAACCCUUUUGAUUACCAUCUUCGGUUGCAUAUAUUAACAACGCACGUCUACGUGCACAAACAUUGUAUACAGACAUCUCUAUAUCUAUAUACUAUCAAAAAGGAAAUGUACAUAGAACUCCUCUACCAAUUCAAGUAACUUGUAUAUCAUGGUGAAAAAGUUGGGAGAUGUAAUAAUGGCAAACACUAUUAUGCCAACCAUAGGCAGCAGCUUAUAUUGUGAGGGACAUAUUUUUUUUUUUUUUUUUGAACUGUUAUUGUAAGGGACUUGAGGUGGCCUGAAUAACAUAAUUACUCUUUACCACGAAAAA